AUGAAUAUUCAUACCUUAUUUGGGCUGAUUAUUUAUACAUUAAUGGCAUCUAAGUAUAGUUGCCAAGAAAAAAAUGAAGAUAACAUUUUAUAUGCUAAGGUGUAUACAACAUCAUCCGCUGAAAAUGAAUCAGAUGUUUAUAAAGCAUCAGAUAAACCCGAUCCAGGAUAUAAACAUAUUAUUGACUUAAUAAUGGAAAUAGGAGAAAGCAAUUAUAAUAUGACUACAGUAAUUGAAAAUGCACAUGGAAAACAUAAUGAAGCAUAUACAUACGAAACUAUGAUAAAUAAUGUUAAUGUAUUUUCAUAUGUUUUAGAUUCUUAUGAUGGAGGUGUUCCUGAAAAGAUAUAUAACGAAAAAGAAAAUGAUGGUAAAUUUAAACUAUUAGGUAUAUAUGGAAAUAAUUCAAUGAAUUGGCUAAUAGCAGACAUGGCUGCUAUGCUUAGUGGUGUUACGACCAUAGUUAUGCAUUCUAGAUUUAGUAUUGAUGAAGUUAUUGAUAUUUUAAAUGAAUCUCAAUUAGAAUGGUUAUGUUUAGACUUAAAAAAUGCACAAUUAAUAUUAGAAAAAGCAGAGAAUUUACCACAUUUAAAAAAACUUAUAAUACUUGAUCAUAUCCCAAUAGAUGAUCCUAAGAAAUUAAAAGAAUUAGAUAAAAAUAGUAAUAAUGAAAAAAAAUCUUUAAAAGGUUCACAAAAAAUGGAUAACUCUUCUCCAUCUACCUCAGAAAAAGUAACACAUAAAGAACUAAUUGAAAAAGAUAAACAAAAUUUAUAUGAUACAUAUAUGAAUGUUAGUCAAAUUGCAAAAGAAAAGAAAAUAGGAAUUCAUCCAAUGGAACAUAUUCUAAAACAAUAUAGUCAGAAUCGUACAGAUAAAAGUCACCAAAAUAAAUCUCCAAAUUUUAUUAGUACAAUUAUAUAUACUUCUGGAACUUCAGGAAAACCCAAAGGUGUUAUGUUAAGUAAUAAAAAUAUACAUAAUGCAAUUACAGCAACUGAUCAUUUAAAAAUACAUGAUUAUUUUUCAGCAAAAGUUCAUUUUUCUUAUUUACCAUUGUCACAUGUAUUUGAAAGGAUAGUUAUGUACUUUUGUAUAUCCAGAGGAAUUUUAAUAAAUAUAUUUAGUAAUAAUAUCAAAUAUUUUAGUGAUGAUUUGAUAGGAUCAAAAGCAAGUAUAAUAGUUGGGGUUCCUAAAAUUUUUAAUAAACUUUAUGCUGAUAUACAAAAAGAAAUAAAUAAGCUUCCAUUACCAAAAAAAUUCAUUUUAAAAAAAGCUUUAGAAAUACGUAGGUUAAAUAGGCAUGGGAAACUUGAUUAUCUUGUUGAAACUAUUACAGGCAUUUCUAAACAAAUAAGAAAUAAAAUAAAUCCAUCUUUGAAAGCCCUUGUUAAUGGUGGUGGUAAAUUAUCGGAAGAUGUGGAAAGAGAAUUAUCUCUUUUAUUAGAUGUUGAUAUAUAUCAAGGGUUUGGUAUGACAGAAACAGCUGGGCCAAUUUUUAUGCAACGAGCUCAAGACAAAAGUGUUAAUAGUGUUGGUGGUCCAUCUAUACAACAUAUUGAAUAUAAAGUAACAACAUGGGAAGCAUAUGAUGCUGGAUCAAAACCACCAAAAGGUGAAUUAUUAAUUAAAAGUGAUCAAUUAUUUAGAGGAUAUUUCUUAAAAAAUGAUUUAACAAAAGAUUCAUUUACACCUGAUAAUUAUUAUAAAACAGGUGAUGUUGUACAAAUUAAUAAAAACGGAUCAAUCACAUUUUUAGAUAGAUCCAAAGGUUUACUUAAAUUAUCUCAGGGAGAAUAUAUAGAAACAGAAACUUUAAAUAAUUUAUAUACAAAGGUCCCAUAUAUUAAUUAUUGUAUAGCAUAUGCAGACGAUACAAUGGAUGGUCCUAUGGCAAUUUUGUCAAUUAACAAAGAAUUAUUUGGAGAAUAUUUAGAAAAAGAUGAUAUACUUAAGAAAUUAAAUAUAACUAAACAAGAGUUUAUGGAAAACGUAUUUGGUGAUGAUAUUAAUUCAAAAGAGUAUAUUGAUUAUGUUAAAAAAGAUAUGUUAGAAGUUUAUAAUAAAACAAAUUUAAGCAGACAUAAUUUAAUUAACGAUAUAUAUAUUACAACAGGAGUAUGGGAUACCUCCAAUUAUUUAACACCAACUUUUAAAAUAAGGCGAUUUAAAUUGCUUAAAGAUUAUGAUUUUUACUUACAAAAAGUCAAAUCCAAAUAUUUGGAGAAACUAAAGGGCCAAAAUACUGCUGCAAAAAAUUGA